GCGAUGCCCACCGCCCCGAGAACCGUGCACGCUUACGCCGCCUUUGGCAAGGACGAGGAGAUCAAGCCGUGGGAGUACCAGUCGCGCCCGCUUUACCCCGAGGAUAUCGAGAUCAAGAUCUCGCACUGCGGUAUCUGCGGCUCCGACCUGCACACCAUUGAGAGCGGCUGGGGUCCGUCCACGUACCCGUGCGUGGUUGGCCACGAGAUCGUCGGCGAGGUCACCCUGGCCGGCGAGAAGGUGAAGGGCCUGAAGGUCGGCGACCGUGUUGGUGUGGGCGCCCAGGUCUGGGCUUGUCUCAACAAGGACCCUGCUGCUCCCUGCAAGGAGUGCGCCAGCGGCGACGACGCAUACUGCGCGCACAAUGUGUGGACCUACAACGACACGUACAAGAACGACGGCGCCACCUCGUACGGCGGCUACGCUGACUACGUACGCGUGGCCCACGAGUACGCCUUCAAGAUCCCGGACAACAUCCCGUCGGACGUUGCCGCGCCGCUGCUGUGCGCCGGCGCGACGGUGUUCACGCCGCUGAAGGAGGCCGACGUGAAGCCUGGCAAGCGCGUGGGUGUCGUGGGCAUCGGUGGCUUGGGUCACCUGGGUAUCCAGUUCGCAAAGGCCAUGGGUGCCGACGCUGUUGUGGCGUUCUCUCGCUCGGCCAACAAGGAGGCGGAGGUGCGCGCCCUCGGCGCGACGGAGUUCGUGGUCUACUCGGACGAGAAGCAGGCUGCCGCAGCUGCCGGAUCUGUGGACGUGCUGCUGAUCUGCGCCAACGCCGACAACAUGCCGUACACUUUGUUCCUGAGUUUCCUGGCCGUGCGCGGCUCAUGCAUCAUGGUGGGUCUUCCCAACGACGACGUCAAGUUUAACGCGUUCGGCGUGGUGGGCAAGGGCGCCAAGUUCGUGGGUAGCAACAUCGGCAGCAUCCAGGACAUCAAGGACAUGCUCGAGGUGGCGUCCAAGGCGAACGUCCGCCCCGUGAUUCAGAAGCUGCCCAUGGCCAAGGUGAACGAGGGCAUCAAGAUGGUGCGCGACGGCACGGUGCGCUACCGCGUGGUGCUGGAGAACUGAAUGUAGCUAGGCUGUGAAGUAUUACUCAAAUGCGGGCUAAAGCAAUAGAGUUUUAGUGCCGUUGUGAUUGGCUGGCUGAGGUU